AUGGGAGUGCAGAGGGCAGUUGUGGCGCUGGUGCUGGUGGUUUGCUUGGUCGGCUGGGCGCAGGGCCGUGUGGUUGAGGACAACUUCAACCAGCAGCAAACCCCCCUCGAAUUUAUGGCCAAGUUCUGCUAUUCCGAUGCCGGCAAGGGGCUGAUGCGAUUCACGCCGGGCAACAUCAAGAACGAGACCGACCUCAUGCUCCUCACAUUCGAUGACACCGUGUGGGAUGAGGUCUACGACAAGGGCCUCUCCUGCGAGAAGCCGAUCAUGGCCAACCACCUCCUCCUGACGCACUUCUCCGACAAGACACGCCCCAGGUACUGGUACUUUGCCGUCUCGCGGUGCGAGAAGGGUCCCAUCGACUUCAAGUACACGCUCGAGAUGCUCAACCACGGUGACUACUGGCAAGAGCAGUUCUCGUAUGAAGACCAGGGCCUUGCUGUAUUGUACCUGUGCUACUUCCUAUUCUACUUCAUCGUGGGCGCGCUUGUCGUCGCUCUCCUCUCGCUCAAGUGGCGCAAUGGCACCUUUGGCACUGUCACCCAGCUGUUCCAACUGUGGGUCGGUGUCAUCCUGCUCGAGAUGUGCAGCAAGUUCUUCAUGUUCAUCCACGAGGCCAUCUACGCAGAUGACGGCAUCGGUGCUACGGGUGUGCUCGGCUUCGGCGACGUGCUGGAGAUGUGCGGCCGAGUGCUGUUCGUGGGGCUCCUGAUGCUGAUGGCGAAGGGCUACACCCUGACAACCAACUACAUCCACAACAAGGUGCUCCUGAUCUGCAUCUUCUGCGUGUGGUCGCUCUCCUACGUGGCCUUCUACAUCUGGGAGAACAUUGAGGACGAGGACAUCUCCACCAACACCACCUUUGAGAGCGCGCCCGGCAUCAUCAACCUCGUCCUCCGCGGUUUGAUUUGGAUGUACUUCGUGUUCAGCGUCUACCAGGACAUUCAACGAACAGACAGCAUCAGCCCGGAAGACCAGGAGCGUGCUCGGCGGUCUGGCGAGGUGCUCCACGGGUACUCCAAGGAGAUGAAGAUCCGCUUCCACAUCCCCUUCGCCGUUCUGGCUACCAUCUGGUUCUUCAUGCUGCCGCUCAUGGUCAUUGUCAGCCAGGGUUACGCCUCCUACUACCGUUACAAGACCAUCAUGGGCGUGUGCUACACGCUCAACUUCCUGAUUGAACUGCUCGUUGGCGCCUGGCUGUACCUGCCCAGGGAUGGGCUCGAGCUGAUCAACGGCCGAGGCAUCUUCUUCGGCCUGCUGCCCAGCCGAUUCGAGCAGGAGCACGCCAAGCUGUUCGGCGCGCCACCCAGCGAGGGCACCUUCAGCGGCCAACAGGAACUCCAGUACCUCAACAAGAGCGCUGCCCAGGACAACGCCCGCGCCUUCUCCAGCCCCUACGACUCUCUCUGA